GCGGUGGAUAUGAUUGCCGUUAACGACACUUUGUUGGCUAUUAUGUUUUGGCGCGAGUUUAGCGGCGGCGGAAGGAUCGCGCCGUACGCCCUGUAUUAAACUCAGUGACCGCUGCAGCCACACCUACUCUGGCUGAUACAAGCGGCGGAGGAGAGAAGAAAAAGCAGGAUACACCCGAAAUGCUGCCCUGCACAAACUUCAAUUUUACACGCAGAAAGUUUCACUUGGGCAGGAUUUUCUAGUCGUUUUUGUCUCGCUGUGGACUUUGCUGGAUAAAUAGGGCAUUUCUACUUUUUGUCUUUGUUUUGAGUGCACUCUCCUGUAAGGACAGUUGAAGAUUUCAAACAUGUUGGAAAGUUUCACUCAGUCGCAGGACUGGUUUUGUUCAGAGCCGCUGCUCUUUGAUGACGAGUUCUGCCAAAGCCUGAUGAAAGACCUCCAGGCAUUACCGACACCUCCGCAGUCGCCCCCCAUGAAGUCUGGGCUGGGUGGUGAUAAGCCUCUGUCCAAGGAGGACCAGCUCAGCUACGUGUCGGAUAUUCUACUGGAGGACCAUGACAUGCAGCUCAACUGGCAGUGUGACUUCUUCCACUCUGAUGCUGAGAAAGAAGGCGAGCUUAACCAGCCCUGCUCUGAGGAAGCUGAGGACUGCCUCUGGCAGUGCCUGGCAGCUGAGGAGAAGCUUGUCUCCUCACUACUCGGUUGCAGCCCCGUACUAUCUGACAUUGAUACCCGCAUCUUUGAGGAGAUCGCCGGCUCCACACUUGACUGCCAGAGCCUUAUGGAAGCUCCGGAGCCCAGUGAAGCCACAUCCGACUACGGAUCAGUUGGUGGCGAGCUGUCCACAUAUUCAUCUAGCGACUCUGAGGAGGAAAUUGAUGUGGUGACUGUGGUCCGCUGUUCCUCAAGUUCCUCCCCUGAGCCUACAUUGGCUGAACGUCAGCAGAAGCAAGAAGAGGAACAACGUGCUCGGCAGCGAUACCGCUUUGAAAUCCAGCUACAGCACAACUAUGCUGCUCCCUGCCCUGCAUCACCGCCGCCAUCAAACAAGCGUGCACGAGGGAGCGAUGGCCCGUCACGCUUCCACUGCCUUUCACGCAGUUCUUCUUCAUCAACCUCAUCGCGUCACUCAUCCCGAAACUCAACAGAGACGGAGGAUGAGGAGGAGCGGAGAAAGACUCACAAUGUGAUGGAGAGGCAACGCCGAAACGAGCUAAAGAACUGUUUCAUGCGCUUGCGUGACAACGUGCCUGAGUUGUCGCACAAUGACAAAGCAUCUAAGGUGGUGAUCUUGAAGAAAGCCAGAGACUGUAUUUAUAGUUUAGAGGAUGAGUCCCACAGACUGCAAACCAGGAAAGACAAACUUAAAGCCAAACAGGAAAAGCUGAAAGCCAGACUAGAGCAGCUCCGUAGGUAACGGACCAGGAUUGGACAUUUGUAGGUUUUCAGAGACUUCUUGGGUCGGGGAGGGCGGGGUAAAGGAAGAGACUUUGUAGAUAGAUGGGAGUAAGAAAUGGCUUUUCCUGCUGGAAAGCGCACAUACAGUUGUUUCUGUCAUGUAGACUGUAUAUUCACAUGCACACAGUUUCCCUGGACAUGAUAUAACACACAUUGCCUCAUAAUUAAUCAUUGUCAUGCCUUGACUGUAGAGUGUAGUGCAUUUCUUUCUUUUCUUUUCUUUUUUUUUCUUUUUAUUUUUGGGUCCCCCUGCCACCUCAAUACACAAGACAAAGACAACAUCCUGUCAUUUCUUUUGCGUCAUCUGUGGGAGUAUGUCAAAUGUCAAUGAUUUAAAGCAAAGUCUCAAUUAGACCAAUUAACUGGAAGCCACUGCAGUACAGUGUUGUAGUUUAAUGAAACUUGAAUAUUAUUUUCAGGAUCUUUUAUAGCCAUAUUGACUAUGAUCCCUCCAUUCUCACAGGUUUUGGUGGCUUUAGAGUUAAUUGUGCUUUGUUAACUUUGACUUAAUGUCAUUACAAAGUUGUGCCUUCAGCCUUGUAUGGCUUUUAUGUUUGGGCUAAACACAACUAUUACAGAAUGAUGUAUGUUAAUCCCAACGCUGUACACAGCAAUGCUUGGCCACAGUUCAGCUCAACACUAGUUCACUCACUGAGUCAUGUGUUAUCUGUUAAGCUCAAAGGUGAGCCAUAUUAAGUGGACUUCAGGUUUGUUUUUUGUUAAGACUGAACUGCAAGCUUUGCAAAGCAGCCAAAGUUUGGGCAAAAUCUCUAACAUUUAUAUUUUG